AUGAAAUUGGAUACCAAUUUCUCACAAAUUGAUUUAAGCGGUAAGCUAUUAAUUAAGGCACGCUUGGGUGAAGAUGUACGCAUGUUUCCAAUUCAUAAUGAGGAUAUUACCUAUGAUGAAUUGCUACUGAUGAUGCAGCGCGUCUUUCGUGGUAAACUGGGCACAUCGGAUGAAGUUGUCAUCAAAUAUCGUGAUGAAGAUGGUGAUUUAAUUACCAUUUUUGAUAGUUCAGACUUAUCCUUUGCUAAGCAGUACAGCAAACGUGUUCUUAAAGUCACUCUCUUUGGUAAGUAG